CAAAGAUAGUGGUAUUCAACGCUUGCUCUUCGAAGAAAAGAAACAAAACAAAAUACUCAAAUGGAUCCGGAAGUACAAACAGCGGGUCUCGAGUCACCCUUGAUUCCAGUUCUUCCUCAAGAACUUGAAGUACAAAGAAAACAAGGACCGCUGAGCAAAGAUGAGGUUAUCAAGGAAGUAAAGAAGCAGCUUUUGUUGGCAGGGCCACUUGUGUCCUCAAAUUUCUUGCUAUUUGGUAUGCAGGUGAUUUCAGUCAUGUAUGUUGGUCACCUUGGGGAGCUGGCACUUGCAGGUGCUUCCAUGGCUACUUCAUUUGCUUCAGUCACUGGUUUGAGCUUGAUAAUAGGAAUGGGGAGUGCAUUAGACACAUUCUGCGGCCAGUCCUAUGGUGCAAAACAGUAUCACAUGCUUGGUAUACACUUACAGAGAGCAAUGCUUGUUCUUGGCCUGGUCUGCAUUCCUUUGGCAACUGUAUGGUUCAAUGCUGGUCAUAUUCUUAAAUUCUUGGGUCAAGAUCCUGAAAUAGCAGCUGCUGCUGGAAAUUAUGCUCAUUUCCUGAUUCCGUGUCUUUUUGCAUAUGCAAUCCAACAAUGUCAUUCUAGAUUUUUGCAAACUCAAAACAAUGUGGUUCCCAUGAUUGCUAGCACAGGCACAGCAACGCUAUUGCACUUGUUUCUCUGUUGGUUUCUGGUAUACAAGACUAGCCUUGGAUAUAGAGGUGCGGCGUUGGCAAACUCCAUCUCAUAUUGGAUCAAUGCAUUGUUGUUAGUUGUUUAUGUCAGAGUCUCUCCCUCUUGUAAGCAUACAUGGGCUGGAUUCUCAAAGGAGGCCUUCUGUGGAAUUCCCGAUUUUAUAAAACUAUCUAUUCCUUCUGCUGUAAUGAUCAGCUUGGAGAUUUGGUCAUUCGAAUUGAUGGUCCUCUUAUCCGGUUUCCUUCCUAAUCCAAAGCUAGAAACCUCAGUCCUCUCAAUCAGCCUUAACACAUGUUCAAUGGUGUACAUGAUUCCAAUGGCAUUCAGUGGUGCAGCAAGCACAAGGGUUUCAAAUCAAUUGGGUGCUAGCCAACCACGACUCGCAAUUCUAGCAGUACGUGUUGCACUGUCCAUUGUGGUUAUUGAAGGCUUUUUGAUCGGUGCUGUCCUGAUAUUGGGUCGAAAAGUUUGGGGCUACUGUUACAGCAAUGAAACUGAAGUUGUGAAUUAUGUGGGUGAAAUGUUGAUUUUGGUUGCGGUAUCUCACUUUUUUGAUGGAAUUCAAUCUGUGCUUUCAGGGGUCAUAAGAGGAAGUGGGCAGCAAAAGGUUGGGGCAUAUGUUAAUCUGGGAGCUUACUAUCUUAUGGGCAUUCCUGUUGCAGUCUUAUUAGCUUUUGUCCUGCACAUUGGAGGGAAGGGUCUUUGGACGGGAAUUAUCGUGGCUCUAUUCGUGCAGGCACUAUGUCUUUCGAUCAUAAUCAUAUGCACAGAUUGGGAGAAAGAAGUGAAGAACGCUUCUGACAGAGUGUACAACACAAUGACCUCGGCUGAUACGUCAUAGUCAAGGUUCUAAAAGAUAUUAGGCGCUGGUCGGGUGGCGAGCUGGGAUCUAGCACUUAGGUGGCUAGGUGGGGUCUAGGUGGGCGCCAAGGCAAACUAGGCGGAUUUAAGUAAAUCUAUUAUAUUUUGUGUAAGUCACUUGCUUUCUUGGGUCGCUUCACUCGCCCGCGUCAAACUUCCAUUCUCUGUACUCUUAGGGUAACUUUGGGGUCCUUGCCCUUCACUUAUCUGGGGGUACCUAUUUUUCAAGGUAGGCCAAAAAAAGCUUAUUUCCAAGCUAUUGCAGAUAGGGUGCGGAAAAAGUUAGCCUCAUGGGAGGGUGCCCUAUUGUCUCAAGUAGGUCGUCUGGAAUUGCUUUCUUCUGUUAUCCAAAGUUUAUUGGUUUACUCUUUUCAGGUUUAUGAAUGGCCUUCUUUGCUUCCAAAACAAGUUCAAAGUUGGAUGCGAAAUUUAUUUUGGUCUGGCGACCCAAACAAUUGUGGUGUACCACUUGUGGCCUGGCGUAUUUGUUGUCAUCCAAAAGAGGAAGGGGGUCUUUGUCUUCGAGAUGUUAUAGUAAUGAAUUGUUCUCUAAUUCUCAAACGUUGUUGGGAUGUAGUUUCUUCUGAUUCUCUUGCAUUUAUUUUCUUAAGAUAUCGAUUUUUGGCUAAAGGUUUCUC